AUGCACAUGAUGUAUCAGAGCUUCACGGCCACUGAAACUUUACCUCUCUCACCUUCUUUAGUACCAAGUGAUAAUGCUCAAAAUGAUGAGUUACUCUUCUUGAGUGACCCCAGAUUCGCGCGCCAUGGUGAGAUCUUGUUGCUGGUUCUUGUUCUUCUUUUCAGUGUCUUUCUUUUGGUUAUUGCUGUGAUGAUGUACAUGAAGCGCGUUCGUGGUGACCUCAAACAGAAUGAAGGGUCCAAGUUGGAGGCUUAA